AUGGAUAUGGUCAAUGAGUUACAAGAAAAGCUCAAAGACAGUGUGGACUUUGAUUUGCCACAAAUUGUGGUCAUUGGUGGGCAGUCUUCGGGAAAGUCCAGUGUUCUCGAGUCUAUCGUUGGCCGCGAUUUCCUGCCCCGCGGGUCGGGUAUUGUCACCCGAAGACCACUCGUUUUGCAAUUGAUUUCAAACAAAGAGAUCACUGAAGAUUUCGGUGAGUUUUCUCAUUCACCCGGAAAUCAAUUUUGCGAUUUCGAAGAAAUCAGAAAUGAAAUCAUUGCCGAAACCAAUAGAGAGGUUCCCGAGGAUUGCGGAAUAUCUCCGAUUCCAAUCAAUUUGAAGAUCCAUUCGCCGGAUGUCUUGGAUCUAACUCUCGUUGAUUUACCCGGAAUGACAAGAGUGGCGGUCGGGGAUCAGCCCAAAGACAUUGAGUAUCAAAUUGAAGAAAUGAUAUUGAAAUACAUUUCAAAAGACAAUUGCCUGAUAUUAGCGGUCACUGCAGCCAAUCAGGAUUUGGCGACAUCUGAUGCUCUAAAACUGGCUAACAAAGUGGAUCCCGAGGGCAACCGCACUAUCGGUGUUCUCACAAAACUAGAUCUCAUGGACUCGGGAACCGACGCCCGAGACAUUCUGAUCGGUAAUCACGGCAUCCGUUUGAAGAGAGGUUUCCACGGAGUGGUUAACAGAUCCCAAAAAGAUAUCGAUAACAACAAAGAUAUCAAGAAAGCGCUGGAAGACGAGCGCAAAUACUUUAUGAAUCAUCCCUCUUACGGUCCAUCGAUGGCUAAACGUAUGGGAAUUAAUCAUUUGCAACAAUUCCUUCAGACGGAACUGUUUGACCACAUUAAUGCCCGAUUGCCGCCAUUGAAGGCCAAAACAAAGAAGGAGUUAUCCAAUGUUAACGAAGAAUUGGACAAAAUUGAGUUCCCGGAGAAUUCAAUAGAAAAAGAGAGACUUUUGAUCCAAACAAUUGAGUCGUUUCGUAAUCACUUCAAGAACUCAAUGGGAGGCAACGUUUGGGAAGUAGACGUCAAUGGCUUGAGUUGUGGGGCAGUAAUCAAUGUCCUAAUGAAUCACACGUUUCCCAAAGAGAUUGAUCUCUUGUUUUACGACGAAAAGAGUUUGAACCGUAAGAUCGGAACCGCAAUCCAAAACUCUUACGGCACUCGUUUGGGUGUCUUUAUACCCGACGCCGCAUUCACUUCAUGUGUUGGCCCACAAAUCGAUAUGUUUAUAAAGCCAUCCAUUGGUUGUAUCGAUUGGGUUAGCGAUGAGAUAACCAAAACAAUUAACAAAUGUUUGGAUGACAUCAAUUGUUUUCCUAUUUUACAUAAAAUCUUCGCCGAUUUGACUCUGGAUUUUGUUAACGAGUCUAAUAAGAGAUGCAAACAAAUUGUCGACCAUUUGAUUAAAAUGGAAAAGUGUUAUCCAAACACACUUCACGAGGACUUCAUCGAAAUGAUUGGUAAGACUACACCGAUAGCGACGGCCCAAGUCUAUGGCACGGCUCUAACCGUUCAACAAAACACACAGAAUUUGAAAUGCGAUUGGAUUUCAUACCAGAAGAAUGACUUGUGGUUUGUCCUCAAAGAGAAGACUCUUUACUGGUUUAGAGACGAGAAGCAAACAGUGAAAAAGGGUUCACUUGAACUGAAGGGCUGUACAGUUGUGAUGAAAGACUGGAAAUUGGCAUUAAUUUUGCCAAAAACUUAUCGCAUUAGCAGACAAUUGAUAUUAUCGUUCAAUUCUGCGGAAGCGACCACAAAAUGGUAUAGAUGUUUAUCAAGUAAUGGGGUUAAGACACGUCCGAUAACCACUGCCCCAAAAGGUAUUGAUUGGGAUUCAAUAUGUGACGAGUCUUUCGAAAGCAGUUCCCAAUUGAGUGUCAAUUGCGUGACUCAAGACAUUACGUUUCCGGACGUAAUGAACACACAAGUGGAUGAAGUGAAGCGAUAUCUUCACACUUAUUUCGUUGUGCUUAAGAAGAUCUUCAAGGAUCGUUUGCCUAAAUUGUGUCAAUUAGAACUCAUUAACGCCACCUCAGAGUUCAUAAGAACCGAACUCCAGGUCCGAAUUCGGGAUCAGUUCUCGACAAUCGAUGAAAUCAUUGGCGAAGAUCCCGACAAAGAGCUGAGGAUUGAUAAAGCAGACAAACUCAAAAACACUGUUGUAUUUGAUUUGCCACAAAUCGUUGUUAUCGGCGGUCAGUCUUCGGGAAAGUCGAGUGUUUUGGAGAGUAUUGUUGGCCGCGAUUUCCUGCCCCGCGGGACAGUGAUCCUUUGUAUCGAUUUCGCAGAUUUGGCUCAAUUUUCUCAUUCAGACAAACAGUUUUACGAUUUCGACGAAAUUAGAGAUGAAAUCAUUGCCGAAACCAAUCGAGUGGUUGACGAAGAUUGUGGAAUAUCACCGAAACCAAUCAAUCUGAAGAUCCAUUCGCCGGAUGUGUUGGAUCUAACUCUUGUAGAUCUGCCGGGAAUGACAAGAGUGGCCGUUGGGAACCAACCCAAAGAUAUUGAGUUUCAAAUCGAGAAAAUGGUUUUGGAGUACAUUUCAUGUGAAAAUUGUCUCAUUUUGGCCGUCACUGCAGCCAAUCAGGGUAUCUAUUGCUGUGAUGACUUAGCCACAUCUGAUGCUUUAAAACUGGCCAAUAAAGUGGAUCCCGAGGGCAACCGCACUAUCGGUGUUCUCACAAAACUGGAUCUCAUGGAUAAGGGAACCGAUGCCCGCAAUAUACUGAUCGGUAAUCACGGCAUCCGUUUAAAGAGAGGUUUUUACGGAGUGGUUAAUCGAUCCCAAAAAGACAUCGAUAACAACAAAGAUAUCAAAAAAGCACUGGAAGACGAGCACAAAUACUUCGCCAAACAUCCCUCUUAUGGGCCGUCGAUGGCCAAACGUAUGGGUAUUAAACAUUUGCAACAAUUCCUUCAAAGCCAACUGUCGGAACACAUCGCCAACCGAUUGCCGCCAUUGAAGGCCAAAACGGAGUUUAAAUUAGACGAAAUUAACGAAGAAUUACUAAAAAUUGAGUUCCCAGAGGAAAGCGCCGAUAAGGAGAAGCAUUUGAUCCAAACGAUUGACUUGUUUUGCACACAAUUCAAGAGCGCAAUGGGAGGCAGUGUUUGGGAAGUAGGCGUUAAUGAUUUGAGUUGUGGUGCAGUAAUCAAAGUCUUAAUGAACAACACGUUUCCCAAACAAAUUGAUCUCUUGUUUUACGACGAGAAGAGUUUGAACCGUAAGAUCGCAACUGCUAUUCAAAACUCAUUCGGCACUCGUUUGGUUGUUUUCAUACCCGACGCCGCCUUCACGUCAUGUGUUGGCCCACAGAUUGAAAUGUUCCGCAAACCGGCCAUCGCUUGUAUCGAUUGGGUUACCGAUGAGAUCACAAAAACAAUCACAAAAUGUUUGGAUGAUAUCAACUGUUUUCCUAAUUUAAAGAAAUCCUUAUCCGACUUAACUCUGGAUUUUGUUCGCGAGUCUAAUAAGAGAUGCAAACAAAUGGUCGACCAUUUGAUUGAAAUGGAGAAAUGUUAUCCAAACACACUUCACGAGGACUUCAUCGAAAUGAUAAAUUAUCGCAUAAGCCAUGAAUUUGUAUUAGAGUUUGUUUCAUAUGAAGUGAUGAACAAAUGGUAUAAAUGGCUAAUAGAAGCGGGCGUUAAGAAUAGGCCGACAGCCGCCGUUCCCGUCAUUAAUUGGGAUUCAAAAUGUGACGAGUCUUUCGAAAGCAGUUCCCAAUUGCGUAAAGACAUGGCUUCUCCCGAUGUUAUGCAAUCACAAGUGGAUGAAGUGAAACGAUAUCUUCACUCGUACUUUGUUAUACUGAAGAAGACAUUCAAGGAUCGUUUGCCUAAAUUGUGUCAAUUAGAGCUCAUAAACGCCACCUCGAAGUUUAUAAAAAGCGAACUCAUAUUUAAAAUUAGGGAUCAAUACAAUCAGAAAAUCGAUGAAAUCAUUGGUGAAGAUCCCGACAAAGAGCUGAGGAUUGAGUUAAUGGAUAGUAAGAAGGAUUACAUCGAAGCCAUUGCUAUAAUGGAUAAAGCAAUACCUGAUAUACUAAUGGCUAAAUUUGCCCAAAAUCUCAUACAAGUGGUCAAUGAAUUGCAGGACAAACUCAAAAACACUAUUGCCUUUGAUUUGCCACAAAUAGUUGUUAUCGGCGGUCAGUCUUCGGGUAAAUCCAGUGUUUUGGAGAGCAUAGUUGGCCGCGAUUUCCUGCCCCGCGGGUCGGGUAUUGUCACCCGAAGACCACUCGUUUUGCAAUUAAUAUCAAAUAAAGACAUCACAGAAGAUUUCGGUGAAUUCGUUCAUUCGCCGGGAAAUCAAUUUCGCGAUUUCAAUGAAAUUAGGGAUGAAAUCAUUGCCGAAACCGAUCGAGAAGUUCUAGAUUGCGGAAUAUCAUCGAAACCAAUCAAUCUGAAGAUCUAUUCGCCGGAUGUGUUGGAUCUAACUCUUGUAGAUCUGCCGGGAAUGACAAGAGUGGCCGUUGGGAACCAACCCAAGGAUAUUGAGGCCAGGAUUGAGGAAAUGAUUUUGGAGUACAUUUCGGGCGAAAAUUGUCUCAUUUUAGCCGUCACUGCAGCCAAUCAGGAUUUGGCGACAUCUGAUGCGCUAAAACUGGCCAAUAAAGUGGAUCCCGAGGGCAACCGCACUAUCGGUGUUCUCACAAAACUGGAUCUCAUGGAUAAGGGAACCGAUGCCAGUGAUAUAAUCAAUGGUAAUCAUCCCAUCCGUUUGAAGAGAGGUUUCCACGGAGUGGUUAACAGAUCCCAAAAAGAUAUCGAAAACAACAAAGACAUCAAAAAAGCACUGGAAGACGAACACGAAUUCUUUGAAGAACACGAGUCUUAUGGGCUAUCGAUCGAAAGGAUGGGUAUUAAACAUUUGCAACAAUAUCUACAAACGGAACUUUCGAAACACAUCGCCAAACGAUUGCCGCCAUUGAAGGCCAAAACAGAGCUUAACUUAAGUAAAGUCAAUGAAAAAUUGAAAAGAAUUGAGUUUCCGGAGAGUAUUAUGGAAAAGGAGAGACUAUUGGCCCAAACCAUUGAGUCGUUUUGCAAUAACUUCAAUAUCGCAAUGGGAGGCAGUGUUUGGAAAGUAGACGUCAAUAAUCCGAGUUGUGGUGCAGUGAUCAAUGUCUUGAUGAAUGACUCGUUUCCCAAAGAGAUUGAUCUCUUGUUUUACGACGAGAAGAGUUUGAACCGUAAGAUCGCGACCGCUAUUCAAAACUCAUUCGGCACGCGUUCGGGUGUUUUCAUACCCGACGCCGCAUUCACUUCAUGUGUUGGCCCUUUAAUUGAUCUGUUCAUAAAGCCGUCCAUCGCUUGUAUCGAUUGGGUUACCGAUGAGAUCACGAAUACAAUCCACAAAUGUUUGAAGGAUAUCAACUGUUUUUCUAAUUUAAACAAAAUUUUCGCUAAAUUUACUAUGGAUUUCAUUCUUGAGUCUAAUAAUAAAUGUAAAGAAAUUGUCGACCAUUUGAUUGAAAUGGAGAAAUGCUAUCCAAACACACAUCACGAGGACUUCAUUGAAAUGAUUGGUGAUGGUAAGACAAUAGCCGUAGACCCAGAUAUACAAAUGGAUGGGAAAGUAGUGUUACCACAAACUAUUCAACAAAACGCGCAGAACUUAAUGUCGGAUUGGAUUUCAUAUCAAAAGAAUGACUUGUAUUUUGUUCUCAAAGACACCACUCUUUGCUGGUUUAAAGACGAGAAACAAAAUGGUAAAAAAGGUUCACUCGAGCUAAAGGGCUGUCAAAUUGCGUCCAACUCCGACGUGAAACUGGCACUCGUUUUGUCCAAAAGUUAUCGCAUAACCAACCAAUUUAUAUUAACGUUUAAUACACAAUUUCCCCGAGAUAAAUGGUAUAAUUGGAUAGCGAAGGCGGGCGUAACCGUUGCUACAAAUCAAACAAUUAAAUCCAUUGUUUGGCAAUCAAAAUACGGCGAUUCUAUCGAUGGCUCACAAUUGAGUGCCAAUGAUAUGUUUCAAGACGUGGCCUUUCCUGAUAUGCAUUCACAAGUGGAUGAAGUGAAACGAUAUCUUCACACAUACUUCGUUAUACUGAAGAAGACAUUCAAGGAUCGUUUGCCUAAAUUGUGUCAAUUAGAGCUCAUAAACGCCACCUCGAAGUUCAUAAGAACCGAACUCCAGGUCAGGUUUAGGGAUCAAUUGACUAUCGAUGAAAUCAUUGGUGAAGAUCCCGAUAAAGAGUUGAGGAUUAAGCUGGAGAUUAGCAAGAAAGAGUACACCGAUGCCAUUGCUAUAAUGAAUAAGUACUCCAAAAUGAGACUUUAA